CCUAUUUACUAGUUUGAUUCAAUAAAACGAAGCUACUUUCUCUUUCUUUUUAACAGACCUUGUAAAGUAAAUUAUAAGAAAUAUAUGUAGCAAUGAACUCAGUAUAAUCAUAUGGACUUUUUUUUUAAAAAAAAAGAAAAGCAAUAGAUAUUCUACAUUGAGAAAUAAGCAUCUAACGACAAGCUUUAUACCUUGUUAAAUAGAAUAUUAGCUUGAAUAUUGCUACGAAAUUUAAUUUACUAUCAUUCUUAUAUCUUUAUUUUCCUAUUGACAGCUCCAAUCCCUAGUGUAUUCAACUCAUCUUUUCAUUGUUAUUCCAUCUUAAUUUAGACUCAAACUGUCUUCAAUGUUAACAUGAUCAUUUUCAUUUUAGCCCUUCUUUGUCCAACAUUCAAUACAAUAUUGACAGCUGUAAUAUUAUUCAUGUUUUUUAACUCUAAAACUCCAUAUACACAAAUGUAUAGAAAAGGUGUAUAUUUUGCUUUUGCAUGGUUGAAAGAAUUAUAUUACAAUUAUUUUUGAAAUCCGUCCUAUCAAAAGUCUUUUACUAUUUUUUUUUUUUUUUGUUUUUAU